AUGAAAGAACAGGGUGGAAACUUUAUUGACUCUGCAAACAACUACCAAUUCCAGGAAACCGAGAAAUGGGUGGGAGAAUGGAUGCGGAAGCGCGGUAACCGGGAUGAAAUCGUUCUUGCCACCAAAUACACCACCAACUUUCGAGCUGGACCCGGUGCUCCUAAUAUCAUGGUGAACUUCACUGGCAACGGAUCGAAAAGUCUGAGGGCUUCAGUUGAGGCCAGCCUUAAGAACCUGCAGACCGAUUACAUUGAUCUUGUAGUGCCACUGCUCUAUGUUCACUGGUAUGAUGGCAACACCUCUAUCCCAGAGAUGAUGCAAUCUCUCAACCAACUCGUCCUCUCCGGAAAGGUCCUCCACUUGGGCGUCAGCGACACUCCUGCUUGGAUCGUGAGCAAGGCCAACGAAUAUGCCCGCUGCAAUGGCCUUCGCCAGUUCUCUGUAUAUCAGGGUCGCUGGUCCGCGGCGUCCCGCGAUUUCGAGCGGGAUAUUAUUCCCAUGUGUCAAGCUGAAGGCAUGGGAAUUGCGCCGUGGGGCUCCCUUGGAGGCGGAAAGUUCAAGACCGAAGAACAACGCAAUGCGCGGGAAGGACGAAGAGUGGAGGCCAGCGAGAAAGAGAUCAGAACCAGUAAAGUGCUGGAGUCGAUCGCUAACCGUAAGAACACACUCAUCACCAGCAUCGCACUGGCAUAUGUCAUGCACAAGACAAGUUAUGUGUUUCCCAUCAUCGGUGGUCGAAAGGUGGAUCAUCUCAAAGCCAACAUUCAGGCUCUCACCCUAAAUCUCUCCCCUGAGGAUAUCCAAGAGAUCGAUGGGGCUACUGAAUUCGAUGUGGGCUUUCCCAACGACUUCCUGUAUCGUGGGGGUAACUCUUUUGGAGGUCCAGACGUUUGGCUGCUCCAGAUGGGUGGCACGUUUGACCACAUCCAACCACCAAAGCCCAUCUCACCGGCUGCGCGAGGGGAAUAG